GCGAUUAGUCACAAAAAACACGUGCGUUUUGAUGACACAAAUGUAACCUCAUUUUUUCAAUUUCAAUUUUACACUAGAGUUUUUGUUUUUUUUAUAAAUAUUAAAAUAAUAUAAAAUGGUGGCUCCAAAAAGAGCUCAGAAAAGAAAAGAAACCUCUGAAUUAUCUAAGAAAAUUGUCGAAGUAAUUCAAAACGAAGAUGAAAGUACUUCUGAGGAUUCAGGUACCGAAGAUUUAUUGGCAUCGGAGGUAAAUGAUGAAGACGACAGUAGCGAUGAGGAAGCAGUGGACGUUGAUAAAAUUCCUGAUUCAGAUACAGAACAAGAUCAAGUUGUUUUUGAGUCUGAGGACGAUGUCAGCGAAUUGGAAUUAGAAAACAAUUCCGAUGACGAUGAAGUCAGUGAAUCGGAAUUAGAAUCCGAUUCCGAUGAAGAAGAUGACGAGAACGAUGACGACGACGAUGAUGAUGAUGAGGAAGAGGAGGAGGAAGAAAAUGAUGACAAUUACCUGGAAGGUAGUGAAUUAGAAUUUGAAUCUGAUUCCGAUGAUCUAAAUAUUAAAAAUAAAUCCGAAUCAUCUUCAUCGGAGGCCGAAGAAAAAUCUACAAAAGGCAAAAAAGUAAAUAAACAAAAUCAAUCUCCAAAAUUGAAAAAUACGAAAAACAAAUUAAAAUCCACCGAUGUGAAAAAUAAAGAACUAAAAUCGGCGAAAGGAAAAGAAUCGAAAUUAGGAAAAAAGAAAAUAAAAACAUUUAAAACGAAAUCAGAAGAUUCGAAUGGAGGGAAAAUUUCCAAUAAAUUGGAAAUUACAGAAAAUGACGAUAAAAGUAUAAAAGAAAGUUCAUCGAAUCAGGAUGAAUAUGAAUUUGAUAGUUCGGACGAGGAAGAUAUUCGCAAUACAGUUGGUAAUAUACCAAUGAAAUGGUACGAUGAUUACAAACAUAUAGGUUACAAUUGGGAUGGGCAGAAAAUUUUAAAACCAGAAAAAGGCGAUCAACUUGAUAAUUUCUUGAAACGAAUGGAGGAUCCCGAUUUUUGGCGAACCAUUAAAGAUCCACAAACGGGACAGGAUGUUGUAUUGAGCGAGGCGGACAUUGAAUUAAUAACUCGAAUUCAAAAGCAAAAAGUUCCCAACUCACAAUUUGACGAAUAUGCCCCGUGGGUCGAAUGGUUCACGUCAGAAGUGAUGAAAACGCCAUUAAGAAAAUUCCCCGAGCACAAAAGAUCAUUUGUACCAUCUAAAGUUGAGGCGAAAAAAGUUUCAAAAUUAGUGCAUGCAUUAAAAAUGGGUUGGAUAAAAUCAACCGAACAAAUGGAAAAAGAACGUCAACAAUCAAAUAAUGAUCCACAAUUUUAUAUGCUUUGGCAAACUGACGAUCAGGCCGAGGAGAUGCGUCGCAUUCAUAAACAUAUUGCAGCGCCAAAAAGAUUUUUACCCGGUCAUGCCGAGAGUUAUAAUCCACCGGCUGAAUAUUUAUUUGACGCUAAAGAAAUGAAGGAAUUUAAUAAAUAUAAAAAUACACCGUGGAAGAGGAAAUUACAUUUCAUUCCACAGAAAUUUGAAUCAUUGAGACAUGUGCCGGCAUAUCCGAAAUAUAUUAAAGAAAGAUUUCAACGUUGUUUGGAUCUUUAUCUUUGUCCAAGAGCAAUAAAAAUGAAAUUAACAAUUCAACCGGAAGAUUUAGUCCCACAAUUACCGAGUCCCAAGGAUUUGCAACCAUUCCCAACGACAAUGUCAAUGGUUUUUACUGGACACACGGAUAUGGUGAGGAGUAUCAGUUCCGAAUGGAAGGGACAAUAUUUUGCCUCUGGUGGCGAUGACAUGACUCUGAGAGUUUGGGAAAUCGCAACUGGACGUUGCGUAAAAGUUGUUCCUUGUGGUGGAGUUAUUAGAAGCAUCGCUUGGUGUCCAAAUCAAGCGAUUUCCUUAAUUGCUGUCGCAGCCGAUAGAAAAGUUCUCUUAAUUAAUCCUGGAGUUGGAGAUCACGUUAUAACAAAAAAGACAGAUCAACUUCUUGAAAUCAUUCCUCAAACUGAUGUUAUAGUCGCGGCCAAUAUAAAAUCGACAGUCCAAUGGGAACAGGCUGAAGGUGAAGAGAAAAAUAAUGGAAUCAGAUUGAUUUUAAAUCAUUUUAAAAUGGUAAAACAAGUCACUUGGCAUGGCAAGGGUGAUUAUUUUGCAACAGUUAUGCCCGAUGGACAAAAUCGAUCGGUUUUAAUAAAUCAAUUGUCAAAAAGACGAUCUCAACUUCCAUUUAGAAGACCCAAGGGUUUAAUUCAAUGUGUUCUAUUCCAUCCGAUAAGACCCUUUUUAUUUGUGGCUACACAGCGAAAUGUUCGAAUUUACGAUCUCGUGAAACAAGAAAUGGUGAAAAAAUUACUUUCAAACUCACAAUGGAUUUCAUCAAUGGCCAUGCAUCCAGGCGGCGACAAUAUUUUAGUUGGAACAUAUGAUCGAAAAGUUAUUUGGUUUGAUUUGGAUUUGAGUACAAAACCAUAUCAGACAUUGAGAUUACAUGGAACUGGUGUAAGAAAUGUUGCUUUCCACAAACGAUAUCCACUUUUUGCUUCAGGAGCCGAUGACAGAAGUCUCAUAGUCUGUCAUGGAAUGGUCUACAACGAUCUUUUGAAAAAUCCAUUAAUCGUUCCUUUAAAACGAUUAAGUAAUCAUGAGUCAUUUAAUGAUUUUGGAAUUCUUGAUGUCAUGUUUCAUCCAAUUCAGCCGUGGGUUUUCUCUGCGGGCGCUGAUUCAACGAUACGAAUGUAUACAUAGAAUUUGUUUAAAAUAACAAAAAAAAAAAAAAAGAUUCUCGAGAAUGAGAAUUGUGAGUUAAAUAUAUAUAAAUAUAUUUUCUUUUUCUGUAAAUAAAUAAAACUCCAAUCGAUAA